AUGAAUGCAGAACAAAAUUCCGCCAAUGUGUCUAUUCAUGUUGGAGUACGGACCAGGAAGAAGCUUAGCGAUGCAGAUUCCUUCACAAAGUGCAUCCAGGACGCUGCAAGGGAAACGCUCAAGGUUCUAUUGCUGCGGAAGAAGUUUGCCUUUGCAUCUGCGGAAACAAAAUCCACAUACAAUUCUGUAUGUGUCGCGCGCAGCGCUGGUGACUUCAACCAGGAGAAGCGUCUUAGAAGGAAACUGCGUCGUCAACUGCAACAAGAUCGCGAUAACGAGUGGACGUCAAGAGCGAUGAAGCUUGAGAAGGCGUGGGAGGACAGGAACCCGCGGAAAGCCCAUGCUCUGCUAAAACAGUAUAGCGGCAAAAUGAAAAGAUGUUCUCCUGUCCUCAACACUGCCAAUGGAGUAGCUGUCGGUGAAGCAACCCUUCCAAUUUGGAGAGAACACUUCAAGACCUUGCUGAACCGGCUAGCACCGUCAGCUCCUGAACUCGAACACGUUCAUAGCCCGACGUAUGCGGUUAACGAGGAGCCACCGACAGAGUCGGAGGUUCUAGUCUGUAUUCAAAAAAUGAAGAAUGGAAAAUCUGGUGAAGACGACGGGAUUAGCGCAGAAAUGCUAAAAUAUCUUCCUCCGUCUGGGAUUCGUGAGAUGACAAAGAUCAUCCGUUCAAUAUUGAUAGACGAAAGGAUGCCUGAUUCGUUGAGGCACGCCAUCAUAACUCCCCUCCACGAGCAGUUAUCCGUCACGGACCUCAGGAAUUAUCAAGGAAUCUCUUCCCUAUGUGUUAUGUACAAAGUAUUGAAGCGCAUUAUCCUGGACCGACCCAUUAAACAUCGCGAAGAAACAACGCGCGACGAGCAAGCUGGCUUUCGUCCUGGCCGAUCUAUGAUUGACCAGGUGUUCAUCGUCAGGAGAGUGAUCGAGAUCUGGUAG